UCACGUGAGGUUUUGCUUCUUAAACAUGGCUCCAACUAGCACAGAGCGAAACGUCAUCAGCUUUGACCCACUGUUGUCUGUCUGCUGAAUCGCGUCUGUAAACAUCAGAAUAUGAAGCAAGUACACAUCGCCCUGCAGUAUGCGCUUGUUUUGUAAAGUUAACGUGAUACAAAUUCACCAUGCGUGAAACCGGCGUUUCAUCGUUAGCUUAAUGCCAGUUAGCUGUCAACUGCUACAAGUGGUGCGAGGUGGAAAAGGAGAUUACGCCUGCCCUUGAUGACACUUUUUUUCCUCGCUGUGGAGGACAGCCAGGUGAACACACUGAACAGUGUGCAACUCUGAACAAGCAUUGAGGACUUACCAUGGAUUGGCUGAUGCAUGCAGUUGAGAAAGACUUGGGGGUUGACCGACGACAUCAAGGUCCAGGUCGCAGUCAAAUGGAGCUCAUAGCCCUUGUCCCUACUCGCUGGGUGAUGGGCCUGAGGGAGAGGAGAGUCAUGCGCUGUACUCGCUUUGACAGCAUCAGUGAGGCAGAAAUUCGUACAUACCUUCAGUGUUCCCAGGCAAAGUUGCCUCCGGGCUGGACACGAGUGUGCAUUCAGGGUCUGAGGAAAAGCAAGCUGAGCUACAGACUGGCCAGAGACCCUUGCCAUCAACAAAUGGAGUUCACCUCACCAGAAUCCUAUGUCAAAACCAUGCAGUGUGUGUCGCAGCACAAUGUCAGGAACCUAUGGCGUGAAGCUCAUUACAAACUUGUGAAGCCAUAUGCAGGAGCCAGUGAGCAGAUGCAUGUUGCAGCUGUAGAUGCAGUGCGUCAUGCACUACAGAAGCUCUUCGGUGCCACAUUCAUCUCAUCUGACAGACUGUCACCAUCCCUUUCUCCAGCUAGAGAGAAGGAGAAAGAAAGCCACUUACCAUCAAGUUCAUCUUGUAUUUCCAAAUCCCAGUCAAACCACCUGUGUCCUAAUGUUCUGCCAGCAGACUGUCUCCUGGAGACAGAUGAAAUGCUGUACGUGGUUCUACCCUAUACUCAGUAUUCACUUAAUGAUCUUGUCUCCUUCAGCCCAGCCAAGCUUGCUAACAGCCAUGCCAAAGUGUUGUUCUUAAUCUACCAGUUACUAAUAGCUCUGCAGGCAUGCCAUGCAGCAGGCUUGUCUUGUGGAGAGCUCUCUCUGCAUGACAUAGCAGUAGAUGAGCAGCUCUGCAGCCACCUCAAAGUCAACCUAGCCCAUUAUGAGGAACUGGGAACAGAAGGGGAUGUAAAUAGUGAUGCUACUAGCAGGCAAGUACCAAAAAGUGUCCUGCCAAGUGACAAUGCAUGUGUGAGCCAAGAGAACAAAAGACUUUGCAAAGACUGCUUUGGUGAGCUCAAAAUGUUGGUUCUAGACUGGGUUCAUGGACGAGUCAGUAACUUCCACUACUUGAUGGAGUUGAACAGGUUAGCAGGACGACGAGAAGGAGAUCCAAAUUAUCACCCAGUGCUACCAUGGGUGGUGGAUUUCACUGUGCCGUUUGGAAAGUUCCGAGACCUCAGGAGGUCAAAGUUCAGGCUCAAUAAGGGGGAUAAACAGCUCGACUUCACGUAUGAGAUGACCAAACAGGCUUUGGCAGCUGCAGCAGGUAAUGGGAUUGGUGGAGGUGGUGUAGGUGGAGACCUCAGUGGCUCUGUGGGUGCUGGCGGUGUUGGACAGUCUGACCACCUCCAUGUGCCUCAUCAUAUAUCUGAUGUGCUCUCAGACAUUACGUACUAUGUCUACAAAGCUCGGCAGACACCAAAGUCAGUGUUAUGCAGCCAUGUUAGAUCCCAGUGGGAGCCUAAUGAAUACCCAGCGAGUAUGGAGCGUAUGCAGAGCUGGACCCCUGAUGAAUGCAUUCCAGAGUUCUACACAGAUCCCUCUAUUUUCCGUUCUAUACACCCUGACAUGCCAGACCUUGAUGUGCCUUCCUGGUGCAAGUCCUGUGAGGAGUUUAUUGAGGUCCACAGGCACCUUCUGGAGAGCAGAGAGGUGUCCCAGCAUCUGCAUCACUGGAUAGACCUCACAUUUGGUUAUAAGCUGUCUGGUAAAGAAGCUGUCAAGGCCAAAAAUGUGUGCCUGCACCUAGUGGACAACCAUAUCAGUCUGACUAACUAUGGUGUAGUGCAGCUGUUUGAUCAGCCUCACCCGCCUCGCUUACCUCCUUCCCUGUAUGCACCAGCAGAACCUCCUCUCCUUGGACUAGCUGCUCUAAAUGUGCCCUCUCUACACAUCCCUCAAAUUGACACCAUGGCUGACACUGUGGAUGGAAUGGUGCCAGAGUCCACAGGGUGUGAGUCCAGUGGCUGGACCGUGGUAGACAGAGAUGAAGAGCUUGAACAAGGUAUGGAAGCUCUAGACUCAUUAGCGUCCAGUGGCUCAUGCAGUUCUGCAUCCUGCUCUGCGCCACUACCAAGUAUCAGUACAGCGGGAGGAAAGAUGGGAGGGGAGCACACAGCGCCUAUUGUAUCUCAGUCCCCAAGUUCAUUCCCUGGUGAUUUCACAAGUGGUAUCGGCCCUGGUUUACGCAGUGCCAUGUUACAGAGAAGUGGGCCAGUGAACAAAAAACAUGGGGAAGGAAGUGUAAGCACCACAAGUGCAGAGGAAUUCAAGAUCAUCCUCCCUGAAGGCUUCAACCCUUUGCAGCCUUUGGAAGAGCUGGAGAAAUUGAACAAUUUCCUGGUGAAGAGUUUACAUGCUGACAUAGAGCAUCCUACAGGACCUAGUGACUGCAUGAGAGCUGGUGUGAUAACUGAAUCUCUACCCUCUCUUACACAGCUCUACCAAAGAGACAUGCAGGCCCUUGGUGUUGUCAUUGCUGAGUUAUUCUACUCCUCUAAACUGAGAGGACUGAAACCAGGCACCCCCCUCAGACAGCGUUUUCAAGCUGUUAUGAAGCUAUGCUCUGCCAGCCUCCGUGAUGUGCCACUGUCUUUGCAUCAUGCCCUUGAGAAUCUGCUGCUAAUGGAGAAGCACUCUGGAAUAGCACAUACAGAAGUAUCAGAUUGCCCACGUCCACUUCUUUUCAAUUAUGACCCUAUCUGUGAUGGUCUCCCUCCUCCAAACCCCUGCCAGUUAUUGAACUCAGUCAUCACCCCCUUUCCUUUCCCUUCUUACUUUGCCGCACUUCAUCGUUUUAUUUUUUCCUACCAUACCAAGAUCGAGACUACACAUAGUCUUCAAAGAAGAGAUGUUGUUUUUCACCUAUGGCAGCAACUAGAAACACUGUUACAGGGUAACAUCACAGCUGAGGGCCUUGAGAUUUUGUUGCCCAUCAUUCUGGCCCUCAUGCUUGAGGAAUCUACUGCUGUCUAUGCUGCUUGGUACCUUUUUGAGCCCAUCUCUAGAGUACUGGGCCCCAGAAAUGCAAACAAAUACUUACUGAAGCCACUGAUCAAUGUAUAUGAAAACCCUCACUGCUUAAGAGGGCGUUUCUAUCUCUACACAGACUGCUUCAUUCUUCAGUUGAUUGUAAGGCUUGGCCUGCAGGCCUUUCUGUCCAGCCUACUCCCCCAUAUGCUACAGGUCAUCACAGGCUUUGAAAGCUGCAUCUCAGGGUCUGGUGGAGAAGCAUGCAAAGGGCUGAGGGGUGGUACAUGUAAUCUGGAAGAGGAAGAAGACUUUCAGUGUGGUGAGGUGCGAUCAUCGACUGGGUCUGUUAGCGGGAAUAUGGGUGGUAGCGGUGGAGCCACUGGAGGUGUUGGGGCAGUGGGAGAUACGGGGCUAGUCGACUACUCCUCUGGCAUCAGUCUCAAUGACCAAGUGUUCCUCUCAGAGGCAGAGGACUUUCAAAAUGGGUUUUAUGUUAACAGUGGAGCAGGGAUGGCUGCUGGGAAACAGCAGAGCCACAACUCAGCAAUAAAGGAUCAAGACCAGGAGUCCCUAAGCGUAGGGAAACUAAGUGACAAAAGCAGCACAAGUGAACUCUCUCUGGGUGAUGGAGACUCAAUGCGGGAUCGAGCCAGUCUCAAGUCUGCUGACAGUAGCCAGGACCUGAAACACGCCGUUGAGGGAGAGGAAGGAGGAGAGCUGGAGGACGAAGAUGUGACAGAGACUAAUGAAGGUAAAGAGGGGACAUUUGACCCUAAUAUUACCAACCUGGAGCUCACUCUCUCUGGAGCCACAGUUGCCACUCUGGAGGGUGAGUUUGUGAAUGGAAUGACACUGGAGGAGGCAGAGAAAGGAAUCGUUGGAGAGCACGAAGAGGAUGAAGACCAUGAGCUGACAGAAGAGUCUGAGGAGAAAGAGCAAAAGAUUCUUCUAGAUACAGUCUGCAAAACAGUUCGUUGGCUAUCGGCAAAGCUUGGACCAACUGUGACGUCUCGAUAUGUAGCCAGAAAUUUAUUGCGAUUGCUCACAAAUUGUUACAUUGGACCUGAGAACCACCAGUUUGUUGCUCCUGCAUCUGAGGAGAACAAUAUGGAGAGUGUGGGAAUGGGCAACGUGUAUGAGAAGAAGCCAGUGAUCGGUGACCAAACAGCAGGACCUGUGUUGGACUGUCUAAUUUACAUUGCUCAGCUUUAUGGAGAGCCUGUACUCACCUACUUGUAUCUGCCUUAUAUAGGAUAUCUGGUUUCUCCGCCUUCUUCACAGCGUCUAAACACACGUAAGGAAGCAAGUCUGCUUGGAGCUGUUGCACUUACACAGAAGAUCAUAGUCUUUCUCUCUGAUACCACACUAAUGGAUAUGCUUAUGAAGAUCAAUCAAGAUGUGCUUCUGCCACUUCUGGACCUGCUCACCACCCCCCGCAUGGGGUUCCCCAGCGGGGUGCAGACGCGCACAGCUGUCUGCAUUAAAACACUCAGCCUCGUGGCUCUCAUCUGUCUGCGCAUUGGGAGGGAGAUGGUGCAGCAGCAUAUGGCUGACACUCUGCGCCGGUUCUUUGCUGUUUUCUCUCUGUUGCAUUCGCUGCAGCCCCAGCUGGACAGCGCCCCUCGCAGAAUUGUGGGAGAAGUCACAGUGGUGGAUGUUUGCACAGCUGAAGACUCAAAUGUGACAUAUGAGCUGGGAGUCUUGGAGGAGUUGCAGACUGUAUUUAACCCUGAGAUGGCCCACGCCUCCUACAUCCCCUUCUACUGUCUCAUAGGUGACGUUGCAAUUCGGAAACUGGUUCCCAACUAUGAGCUGGUCUGGCAGUUGGCCCAGUCCUACCAUCAGAGUGUGAGCCAGGGUAGUCCAGAGACAAACAUCACAACAGCAUUCAGGGUAGGGCUGCCUCCAUCCUCCAUGAGUCUCUCUUCUGGUCUAGGCAGACAUGUGGGUUGCAGCCCACUCCCUGCACCCUCAAGUUGCUCCACCCCACUUGGAGAUCCCCUCCCCGAGUCAGGCACAUUUGGGAGCCACCUAGUAGGAAACCGUAUUCAAGUGUCCCGAGACACUGAUUAUGGUGGUAGCCACAACCUGGGCUUGGCUAGCUCAUGGGGACACUCAAGUCAUACUGCUCCCAGCAUCACCACUUCCUCCAAUUUCACUACUCCAUCUAUUGUCAGUGCUUCCUUAUCCUCUUCCUGGGUGACAGGCCCCACCCUAGAGGACAGUGCCCUGAAGCAGGAACUCCCUCGUAGUUGCCGUUCCUUGCAGGGCAACUGGCUGGCCUACUGGCAGUAUGAGAUUGGUCUCAACCAACAGGAUCCACAUUUCCACUUCCACCAGAUCCGAUUGCAGAGCUUCCUGGGUCACUCAGGCACCGCAAAGUGUUUGGCACCGCUGGCGGGAGAAGAUUACUUCCUUUCUGGUAGUAAAGACAAGACUGUGAAACUUUGGCCCCUCUAUAACCAUGGUGAUGGUACCCAGGAGGUUGAGCCCAGGCUGACUUAUAAUGACCAUCGAAAGUCUGUCUUCUAUGUUGGACAGCUCGAGGCUUCACUGGAAGUAGUCAGCUGUGAUGGUGCUGUGCACCUGUGGGACCAACAUACAGGCAAGCAGAUCCGCUCAUAUGAAGCUGUGGAUGGAAAGAAUCCUAUUACAGCUGUCACCACCAUGCCAGCUCCACACUGCAGUGUUGUCUUUGGCAGUGCAGAUUCUGUUCUUCGCUUCAUUGAUCCUCGCAAACCAGGACUGCAGCAUGAAUUUCGUCUGGCAUACAACAAUCUGAGUGCUGGACUCAUCCGCUACCUUACAGCAAGUCCUUCAGGGCGCACAGUUGCUGCAGGUUUCUCAUCUGGCUUCAUUAUUCUGCUAGAUGCACGCACAGGACUUGUUUUGAAGGGCUGGCCAGCUCAUGAGGGAGAUAUCCUCCAAAUGAAGGCUGGAGAAGGAAACUUGGUCAUCAGCUCCUCUACUGACUACACACUCACUGUUUGGAAAGAUCUGGAAAACAAGUCUGUACGUCAGUAUAAGUCGCAGUCCGACCCCAUCCAUGCCUUUGACCUUUACGGUUCAGAGAUUGUAACUGGGACAGUGGCUAACAAGAUCGGGGUAUACUCCAUGGCAGACAUCUCCCUGAGCCCCAUUAGUAGCACAAAGCUGAGCUCGGAGAAUUUCCGUGGCACCCUGACCAGCCUGGCAGUCCUACCCACCAAGAGGCUGCUGCUGCUGGGCUCUGAGAAUGGCGCCAUUCGGUUAUUAGCUUAAAUCAAUGGCUCCCAGCUGCGCUGAACACUCUUACUGCUGACCUUCUAAGUGUAUUAUUCAUGAACACACCAGGUUUCUGAGCUUUCUCUGUCCUCCUCCAGUGCUUGAGGUCAGUUGUACUGCAAGGGCAGUUGUCACUUCUGUUAAAUUGUUCUUAAAUGAGGCAGCACAAGUAGAGACAUUGUAUAAGCUUCAUAUCUACUGAUUAUUGGCACUCUUGUUUUUGGCACUGAAUUUGAUGGAGAGGAAAUGUGUGCCACACUUUUGACAUUUAUCAUGUACAGUAAAUCCCAUGAUUUUUUUAAAAAAAGCCUAUAGUUGUAAAGAAAGUAUAUAAUGGCAAAUCCUUACAUAUCUUGACAAGGUCAUUUAUUCUUUUGACUAGUUCAGUUAUUCUCUUCAUAAGAAUGAAUCAUAAGAUGUGCUCAGGAAGGUGGAACCAAACAUGGUUCUUAUGUAGUGUUUACACUUUCCAAAUAGAUCUUUAACAACACCAAAUAUACAUGGACCUCAUCUUUCAUUUCCUUUGACAUUAGAAUAGAUGGUUAUGUAAGAAAACAUGAUCAUCAAAAUGCACUGAUUUAAACUAUGCAGUAUUUGUAGACCAAGUCAUUUGUUUAUGUUCCAUGUGAGUUGUUUCACAGCCGGUGGUUUAUAUAUCAUGAACAAUAAAAGUACACUCGUCAUUUUGACGACAGUCUUGGUGCACCUUCUCAGAGCGGCGAUGCUUCAGUUGUCACCGCAUCCAAAACUCAAUUACUGACGCACAGCCUUUAUCCUACUCUGCACAAGUAUGGUCUGAAUUGUAACAUGUAGAUUCUCACCCAGAUUUUAAAGACAAUGUUUUUAUCCACUUAUAAGUUACUUGAAGUUGCUUUGGGACUUUCUAAACUGUGUUUAGGGAUUUUUGCUUGAGCAGUCAGAACCUGUAGCAGCAUCAUCCUAGGAGUGUAUCUCAGCAAAUGCCACUUUGGUGGGUUUGCCAGUUGUUACACUCACAACUUUCUAAUUUCUGAUGGGGGGGAAAAAGCUAACAUAGGAACAGUCAAUGCCAAGGUAACAGUUUUGUAUUUUAAUAUUUAUAUGUAACUGCAUAUGAAUAUGUUGAGAAAAUACCAACAAAAGAUACAAAUCAAUAAACAAUGUGGUUUAAAGCGU